AACAUGAGAUUACAACAAGCAGGGUCCUCUUCUUCAUCCUUGGAGAUCAAAGAAUUUGCGGAUUGGCUUCUUCAAGUGGGCGAUGGCACGGUUAAGCCAAUCGAUGAGGAUGAUUCUAUUAUAGAAAUUCCCUCUGAUUUGUUGGUGAGGGAGUCCGAUAAUCCCUUACUUGAGUUAGUCAAUUUUGCAUAUCCCAAUGUUGUUGCUAAUUUGGAGAACCAUGCAUAUUUUGAACAAAGAGCACUCCUUGCUCCCACUCUUGAAAGUGUUGAAGAGGUUAAUAACUUCAUGAUGUCAAUGAUCCCUGGGGAGGAAACAGAAUAUUUGAGUUAUGACACACCAUGCAGGUCAGAUGAAGACUCUGAAAUAGAUGCAGAAUGGUUCACUUCAGAAUUUCUAAAUGAUGUUAAGUGCUCUGGUAUUCCCAACCACAGAAUUGUUCUCAAAGUUGGUGUCCCUAUCAUGUUAAUUCGGAACAUUGAUCAGUCUGCUGGAUUGUGUAAUGGAACAAGAUUGAUAGUGAGCGCUUUGACACCUUAUAUCAUUGUUGCAACAGCUCUUUCCGGUUCUAAAACAGGUAAACCUGUUUAUAUUCCUAGGCUUAGCUUAACUCCUUCUGAUACUGGCCUUCCUUUCAAAUUCUCAAGGAGACAGUUCCCUAUUACUGUUUGUUUUGCUAUGACUAUAAAUAAGAGCCAAGGCCAGUCGUUAUCGCAUGUUGGAUUAUACCUUCCUAGGCCGGUGUUCACGCAUGGCCAGCUAUAUGUAGCACUAUCAAGAGUAAAAUCUAGAAAAGGGUUGAAGAUACUUAUAGUCGAUGACAAAGGAGUAGUAUCUAAUUGCACUCGGAAUGUUGUGUAUGAAGAAGUAUUCCAAAACAUAUGAAUGGUUAGAUUA